GUCAUCAUCAUCUUUUGUUUCUAAUCAGAAGUCCAAUAAGAUUGAUGAAGCCUUUUCUUGAUUUGAUGUCACUUUCAUAUCUGCUUGUUAAGGUUGUUUCCUUCUGUCACAGGUACCUUUACUCUUUCUGACCUUGGGAUGUUUGGUGCGGACCGAUUUGAUGCCAUUCUGCCACCUGGAACGGGAGCAAUCAUGGCAAUUGGAGCUUCUUAUCCAACUGUUGUGGCUACCAAGGAUUGUCGAAUUGGCAUGAAGAAGCAGAUGCAGGUAAAUGUUACAGCAGAUCACCAUGUCAUCUACAGAGCUGAUCUUGCUUCAUUCUUGCAAACGCUGUCAAAGAUCAUUGAGGACCCUAAAGAUCUUACCCUGUAGUCAAAUGUCCCUCACCAACAUGGUCUUCCCUGCCCUCUCAUCACCGGGUAUGGUUGUAGCAUGCUCUCAGUCUCAUGUUUCUCCCACAUCAAUUUUCAAGACAUCAUUCCAUUUUUGUCUGCAAAUAUAUGAGCUGAUCAUUCAAUCAAAAACCUCCAAGGAACAAGAACAAAAUUUUCAUUUAGAUUCUAUUUUUGUUCAGUUUAGUCUUCAAUUUCCUCAAUCAAGAAAUGUUAAAUCUUAAGCUGUCAAUUAAAUUCUAGAGGAUGGUAGCGGUGUUC